AGUUUUAAGUCCACGUUUUCCCCCUCCACGCAACUAAGGAUAAUGCAUAAUGGUCCCCAAACAAUGUCCAGAGCCAUUCUUUCAACUACUCCUACUAUGAGAAGCUCACUGCAGUAGCUUUCUUCACUCUCUCCUCUUCCAUCUUCAUCAGGUUUCCUGCAGCAAUUCCGGCUCAGCUUCUGGGGGAAUAAAUGCUGAGGCUGAACUUGUACUGCUCUCUAGUGCCUGGUCCAAGACAAUCACCGUUAGUCAAGACUGGAAUCAGCAGUUUUGAUUCAUGGGUAAUUGGGUAUCACAGAGCACAGAAGCUACCUCAGAGGAUCAAUGCAAAGGCUGUAAAAGAUGAGAUGGAUGGAGGCACAAGAGGAUUACCCAGUCCGAGUUGGGACCCGGGGCUCGAAGUCGAGGUCCCUUUCGAGCAAAGGCCGGUUAACGAGUAUUCAUCCCUGAAAGAUGGUGGUUUAUAUUCAUGGGGCGAACUGAGUCCAGGUUCAUUUUUCCUGCGUCUAGGAGGUCUCUGGCUGGUGACUUUCACUGUUCUUGGGGCGCCAAUUGCAGCUGCAAGCUUCAAUCCUUCAAGGGAACCUCUACGAUUUGCGCUUGCAGCUGGAACGGGGACCCUUUUUCUUGUGUCACUAAUUGUCCUGAGAAUUUACCUGGGAUGGAGCUAUGUUGGUGACAGACUUCUAUCAGCUGUGAUACCUUAUGAAGAGACCGGAUGGUAUGAUGGACAAAUGUGGGUAAAGCCACCUGAGAUCCUGGCUCGGGACAGAUUGUUGGGCUCAUAUAAGGUCAAACCAGUCAUCAAAUUGCUGAAACAAACGCUAGUCGGAACAGGGGCAUUACUCGUUUCAGCCGUCAUGUUAUUUAUCUUUGCUACCCCGGCAGAGGAUUUCAUUCAGAACACUUUCGGAACACCAAUUCCGGCAUCCAAGAACAGCAAAUUCAACUUAAGAAAGGAGGAGCUGCUAAGGUUACCAGUGGAGGUGAAGGCUGACGAUGAUCUAGCAGCAGCUGCUGCUGAGGCUGCAGAUGGAAGGCCGGUCUACUGCAGAGAUAGGUUUUAUCGUGCAUUAGCAGGUGGCCAGUACUGCAAAUGGGAAGACCUAGUGAAGUAGUACUUCAAGAGGAAAGGAAACGCAUCGAAUCACUUUCACAUUUCAAGUCAUCUGCAUACAUGCUUCAUUAUCUGUAAUCGAGAAAGUCUACGUGCACAGAUUUGUAUGCAUAAGAUCCAGACACACGUGUCCGGAACUGUUUGAUGCACUUUGGUCUGCAUAGAGAGGGGCCACAUGCAUGAGCUAGUUUCGGAUAUAUAUCUGUGUGUUCAGAUUUUUCCACACAAAUUUGUACAUGUAGCAUUACCCAACCUCACAUUUACUGUGUGAUAUCCACGUGCAACUGUCCAAAUCUACGUGUUUCCAUCUGUAUCCGUAAGCAUUGCUCCUAGGGUUAAAGGAAAUUCAAUAUACUCACUAGUCACUACUUCGUCA